UUUCAACAAAGACCACAUCUUCAUCAUGAUCAAUCCUUUGUCUUCUUCUCAUAUGGUUAACAUGGAGUUUAUCUCUAAUGCAAUGAUACUUUCAUUCUCAAUACUAUUGUUGCUACCAAGUACAUCAUAUUCACUAUAUCAAAAGCCUGAAAAUCAUAUCAAGACAGCUAUUUUUGUAACUGGGAGUUUUGAAAUGGGACCAGGAUCAAUUGCAACAAAAACAUUUGAGAAUAUAAAGUUUCCAAGAGGUCAUGUUGGAAUUAAGAGUUUUGAUGCGGAACUAGUUGACCAAGAAGGGAACUCUAUACCUUCGUAUGAAACUUACCUUCAUCAUUGGUUUGCAAUAAAGUACCACCAAAAUAUUACCAUGUCACCUAAUCCUAAGCUUCUUCGUCGUCCUGAGGAUGCUUUUUUCCAAAGAAACGAAGGCACAUGUAAUGGUGGCAUUCUUCCACAUUAUUGGGGAUUUGGAGUAGAAUCACGAGGAACAACCUCAAAAAUUCCCGAUCCUUUUGCUAUAGAACAAGGUAACCCAACAAAAAUUAAAAAUGGAUAUGAGGAGAAAUGGUUGCUCAACAUCAUGGUCAUUGAUACACGUGGUGCACAAGAUAAGAAAGCUUGCACUCAAUGUAGAUGUGACCAUAUGAAUCUCCCGAAGGACUUUUAUAAUGUCACAAGGGAUAUACAUAACCAAAGAUUGACUACAAAUUAUAAAGGAGGUCUCUUUUGUUGUCAGGACAACUUACAAUGCAAGCAAAUAGAGGGUUUUCAAGGUUCAAGGAGAAUGGUUUCCUUAAGAUACAAAAUUAGUUGGGUUGAUUGGAACAUAUACCAAAUACCAGUUAAGGUUUACAUACUUGAUUCCACCGACAAAGUGAGGUCAAAUGGUUCCAAAAUACUUCAUGAUUGUCUGGCAGAGUAUACCAUUCCAGCUGGUGGUGGUGGUGAUUCUCCUCAUGUCCAAAAAGCAAACAUCCCAAUGGAAAAUGGAGGUUAUCUAAUUUAUGGCACUGCUCAUAUGCAUUCAGGUGUUGUAAAUGCAACUUUAUAUGGACAGGAUGGAAGGACUUUAUGUACAUCAACACCAAAAUAUGGAACAGGAAAAGAGGCUGGAAAUGAGAAAGGUUAUCUCAUUGGAAUGUCUGUUUGUUAUCCACAACCGAGUUCAAUCAAGAUUCAUGAUGGUGAAAUUUUGACUCUAGAAUCUAGAUAUAAAAAUGAGUUUCGUACUGGAGCUAUGGGACAUUUCUACAUCUAUUUGGCAGAGGAACUACCACAAUGA